GCAGUGGCGCCAAAGGUACCAGUCCAAACAAGCGGCCAAUUGAAACGCCUGAAAUAUGAGCUUAUGCCUUAAUCGUCUGAAAAAAAAAUCUGGAACACUCACACGGCCAGGGAAAAUGGUGAGCAUUCACCCUUAUUAAUUUAAGCACCAAUGACUUGAGAAAAAAAAAACACUGUAGGGUCGAGCACCAUCAUAAUUCCAUUCUUUCCUUGAACUCUCGUACUCUGGCGCGUAAAACGCAAGUACACGUCACAAUCGCUACCAAAUCAGAAUCCUACCACUAAUUAUCAAACACUUGCAUGACUUCCUGGUAUAGAAGCACCACCAAAAUCCGGCAGAGCUGUAGUGUUUAAUUGGCACCCGUGCUAGUAGUAGUACAGCAUUAGUUAGGUGAUCAACUUCAGUCCGUACAGAACUAAAACAUGACUCGGUUUGUGGCCACCGUGGUGGCUUGCCUGAUUGUGUGCGGCAAGUUGGCAGACACCGCACAAGACGGUUACUGUUUCCGGUAUCGUGACCCGCGCGGCUCACGGGGUAAGUGCCAGCAACUGGUGGAGAGGUUACCGGGCCCCGACGGUGCCCCCGUGGCCACGAGAGAGGCGUGCUGCCUGCUGGGCGCCGAGGGUUGGUCCAAAAAGAUCAGCGGGAAGAGGUGCGUUGCGGCGUGUGAAGUACCGGGGCCAGUGGAGGUGCAGGCACCGCAGGUUGUCCAGCAGGUUGCUGAAUACGAGGAAGACCAAAAUUCGGUUGAAGGCGUAUGGGGAAGGUGGCGUGACGGGCAGCCAUGUUCUGUCACGUGCGGUGCGGGAUUUGAAGAGAGAAGGCGAGUUUGUAGACCCUCCCCCGAUAAUCCCGACGACAACUUUCAGUGUUCAGGGGACAGAGUUGAGCAUCGAGACUGCAACGCUGGCAUUAUAUGCCCCGUGCACGGUCAAUGGGGCGAGUGGUCUCUGUGGAGUGAGUGUAGCGCCACCUGCGGUGACACAAUGGCCAGGUUUCGUGAGUGCGAUUCGCCCCGCCCACAAUUUGGGGGGAACCCGUGCGUCGGAGAGAGCAGAGAGGUGCAGUGGUGCAACGAUAAGAGGCACUGCCCGAUUGAAGGCGUAUGGGGAAGGUGGCGUGACGGGCAGCCAUGUUCUGUCACGUGCGGUGCGGGAUUUGAAGAGAGAAGGCGAGUUUGUAGACCCUCCCCCGAUAAUCCCGACGACAACUUUCAGUGUUCAGGGGACAGAGUUGAGCAUCGAGACUGCAACGCUGGCAUUAUAUGCCCCGUGCACGGUCAAUGGGGCGAGUGGUCUCUGUGGAGUGAGUGUAGCGCCACCUGCGGUGACACAAUGGCCAGGUUUCGUGAGUGCGAUUCGCCCAGCCCACAAUUUGAGGGGAACCCGUGCGUCGGAGAGAGCAGAGAGGUGCAGUGGUGCAACGAUAAGAGGCACUGCCCGAUGCACGGUCAAUGGGGCGAGUGGUCUCUGUGGAGUGAGUGUAGCGCCACCUGCGGUGACACAAUGGCCAGGUUUCGUGAGUGCGAUUCGCCCCGCCCACAAUUUGGGGGGAACCCGUGCGUCGGAGAGAGCAGAGAGGUGCAGUGGUGCAACGAUAAGAGGCACUGCCCGAUGCACGGUCAAUGGGGCGAGUGGUCUCUGUGGAGUGAGUGUAGCGCCACCUGCGGUGACACAAUGGCCAGGUUUCGUGAGUGCGAUUCGCCCCGCCCACAAUUUGGGGGGAACCCGUGCGUCGGAGAGAGCAGAGAGGUGCAGUGGUGCAACGAUAAGAGGCACUGCCCGAUGCACGGUCAAUGGGGCGAGUGGUCUCUGUGGAGUGAGUGUAGCGCCACCUGCGGUGACACAAUGGCCAGGUUUCGUGAGUGCGAUUCGCCCCGCCCACAAUUUGGGGGGAACCCGUGCGUCGGAGAGAGCAGAGAGGUGCAGUGGUGCAACGAUAAGAGGCACUGCCCGAUGCACGGUCAAUGGGGCGAGUGGUCUCUGUGGAGUGAGUGUAGCGCCACCUGCGGUGACACAAUGGCCAGGUUUCGUGAGUGCGAUUCGCCCCGCCCACAAUUUGGGGGGAACCCGUGCGUCGGAGAGAGCAGAGAGGUGCAGUGGUGCAACGAUAAGAGGCACUGCCCGAUUCAUGGCGGUUGGAGGGAAUGGUUAGACUGGUCCCCGUGCUCGGUUACCUGCGGACGCGAUGGGGAACGCAGACGCAUCCGUAAGUGCACGGCGCCAAGGCCUCGGUACGGCGGCCGUGACUGCGUCGGCGACCAGACGGACAUCCGGUCUUGCAAGGCAAACGCCCUCAACUGCCCAGUUGAUGGCGGAGUCAGCGAGUGGGGUCAGUGGCGAUGUCAGGCGGAAUGCACAGGUGAAGGGUUUGCGCUGCGGUCGCGCUCAUGCACCAACCCCGUACCGCGGUACGGAGGGAGGCAAUGCCGAGAACGACUCAACGAUAUCAGACAUUGCUCUGAGGUCAUCGUCAUCUGCCCAGUUGACGGUAUGUGGAGCACAUGGUCACCCUGGAACGACUGCUCGUCGACCUGUGGGGAGGCCAGCUUCAAAACCCGCACGCGGCAGUGCGACAAUCCGCCACCGCAGAACGGAGGGCUCAAAUGUCAGGGGGAGAAAUUCGAAAAAAAAGACUGCAAACUGGGCCCCUGCCCGGGCGAUGGGGACUCAUCCUAUCCCGGGCCAGCCGACUCUUCUGUAGGGGGAGGGUCCACUCCGCCAUGUGACGAUGAAGAUUACCCAUCUUCGACGGGAGAGGGCGGUAGUGGCUGCCGGGAUCCUACCGACGGUAGCAGUAGUGACGUCGACAACGGUGAAAUAUCCAUCGAGAGUUUGGAUUACUCUGACUGAAUGGUGACAGUAUAUAACGCAGAGGUAUCUAGAGGUGUGUGGAACAAAUUAAAGUAGCUCCCGCAGCUCUUUUCAUUUUGAAAAAAAAAAUCCUUCAAUUGUUAAAACGUCCUUCGCGUCACCUUCGAAAUUGAGGCCGCAACGUACUACAGAAAUAUCCAGGAUCGGGAAUAGAUACCAAAUAUUAAGAUGUAUCGAAAAUUAAGAUAACCACCUUGCACUGUUUCAUGAGCACUUCGCGGUUGUGAUGAAACAUCUGUUGGCCCAAAUGCAUUUGUUUGCAGGAAAUCACUGUAACAUUUAUACAUUUUGCGGAACCUUGAUUUUCCAAAGGGGGGGGGGGGGGGGGGGGGCGGUUCGGGGCGUUGAAUUCGAACAUUUUUCCAAGAGGUUAGAGUGGCCUCAAGCAAGAAACCAUAGUGAUUGAUGAUGUCAUUUAGGGAACAACAUUGAUCGGUCGGGUAUGUUAGAGUCACGACUGAUGUGAAUCUCCUUUAAAUUGUAUUUCUCUUCUUCUGUCUUAGGUUUGAUUAAUAUAACUUGUCCUAACUUUUCAAAUGAACCACGAAGGGAAACUGACCAGGUGUCUACUUUGUAAAGUCUACUUUGUUGAUUAUAAAUAAAGAUCAGUCAGUACAGACACAUGUGUCUGCUUUACUGUU